AUGGAGCCGCAGCAACAGCAACAACAGCCGCAGCAGCAACAGUCGGCCCAACAGCAGCCGACUGGUGGUGUCCCUGGUCCAGCUGGGAGAAGACUGCACAUUGCCCAUCGGCGAAGCCCCUCGGAGCUGACUCCAUUGAUGAGCAUGUUUGCCAACCCUGGAAUGGAACAGUUGGCGAUUCAACAGCAGAUUGAACUGUUGCAGCAGCAGCAACAGCAGAUCCAGGCGACCCAUCAACAGUAUGUCAACAUGGGCAUGAUACCUCCUGGCCAAUCCCUUGGUCAUAAUGGCGCAUUCAAUCCUUUGCAGCCCAUGGGCAAUGCUUUCCAGUUUCCCAACCAAAUGGGACAGCAAAACAUGGCCCCUCCGAGCCAACCACACUCACAUCGCCGUAAUCAGUCGGCAAUGCCUAAUAUGGGCAUGGGUCCUCCGCCCGCACCGUCUUCUGGUGCUUCCGGCUCCAACUUUGGUAACUUCGAAGCUCCUCCAGCACACAACCGAGAAAAUACCGGCGGUCGAGGGGGCAGGGGAGGCUCUGGCGGGGGUCAUCAGCGACGACACUCGCUUGCCUUGGCUGAUGCAAAGAAAGCUGCUGAGAUCGCACAGCAGAAACGCACCACAAGCGGUUUCCAGUUCCCCGCUGCCCCCGCCCCGGCUUCUGACAAACCCGACGACGAGAACAAACCCGUUGCACCAUCCAACCUGGACAUAUCGGUUGCCCAAGGCUCUAACAGAGGUCGUGGUGGCCAUGGACGAAGCCAGAGCAUGGCUGUCAACGGCCGCGGAGGCUCCGGUCUCCGUAGCAGUGCUUUUAGUCUCGGCGGUGAUGGCGAUGGGCGACGCGGUGGUGGUCAUGCCCGCUCCGGAUCACGAAACUUUGAAGGCAAUUGGCGUACUCAGGGGCAGAAUCUAGACCAGGCUGGCAAUACUGGUCAAACUUCUUCCUUCCAGCCGGGCCAUAGGCCUCGUGGCUCUAUCAACCAGUCUGUAUCGUCAAUUGGGGCCUUCCAGUACAACCCCAACCAACCCCAACUUAUGCAGCUGCCCGGCCAAAUGAUGAUUCCCCAGAUGUACGGGCAGCAGCUCAACCCUAUCCAGUUGAGCCAGCUGCAGGCCCUGCAGGCUGCUCAGAUGAGUGGCCAACAGUUUCAGGGCCUUCAGACUUCGCAGCACGCUGGCCAGCUCGGUGGUCAGCAGCAACAGCAGCAGCAACGAAAGACGCUCUUUACUCCUUACCUUCCUCAAGCCUCCCUUCCUGCCCUUCUCGGGGAUGGACAGCUCGUCGCUGGUAUUCUUCGUGUUAACAAGAAAAACCGUAGCGAUGCCUACGUGACUACGCAAGAUGGCUUGCUAGAUGCUGAUAUCUUUAUCUGUGGUAGCAAGGAUCGGAAUCGCGCCUUGGAAGGCGACCUCGUCGCUAUCGAGCUUCUGGAUGUUGAUGAGGUUUGGUCUCAGAAGAAGGAAAAGGAAGAGAAGAAGAAGCGCAAGGAUAUCACGGAUACUCGCUCUGGCUCCACCAACCAGGGUAACCGAGACUCUGGUAAUAAUGAAGAUAACAAUGCCGCCGAAGGCGGUAUUCGACGACGCGGUAGUUUGCGCCAACGACCCACGCAGAAGAAGAACGAUGAUGUGGAGGUUGAAGGCCAGAGUUUGCUACUUGUUGAGGAGGAAGAGAUUAGCGACGAGCAGAAGCCACUCUACGCUGGCCAUGUUGUGGCUGUCAUUGAACGUGUUGCUGGACAGAUGUUCUCGGGCACCCUCGGCCUGCUACGUCCCAGCAGCCAGGCUACCAAGGAGAAGCAAGAGGCCGAACGCGCUGCCAGAGAUGGUGGCAACAAUCGCCAUAAUGAUUCACGACAGCAGGAGAAACCCAAGAUUGUUUGGUUCAAGCCUACGGACAAGCGGGUACCACUUAUUGCUAUCCCUACGGAGCAGGCUCCUCGAGACUUCGUCGAGAAGCAUCAAGACUACGCCGAUCGCAUCUUUGUCGCUUGCAUCAAGCGUUGGCCCAUUACCUCACUACAUCCAUUCGGCACCCUUGUUGAGCAGCUUGGCCGCAUGGGUGAACUUAAGGUGGAGACCGAUGCCUUGCUUCGUGACAAUAAUUUCUCCUCUGACGAGUUCUCCGAUGCUGUCCUGCGUAGCGUCGGCCUCCAGGAUUGGUCUGUGGCCAAGGAGGAAGAAUCCGAACUCGCAGCUCGUCGUGACUACAGAAAUGAAAAGGUAUUUACUGUUGACUUCAACGGUAGUGCCGAGCUUGGAAAUGCCAUCCAUGUCAAGUCCCGCCCCGAUGGCAAGAUUGAAGUUGGUAUACAUGUACCUGAUGUUACUCACUUUGUCAAGCCCAACUCACUUGUCGACCGUGAGGCCAAGAAGCGUGGAACCUCUGUCCAGCUCAUCAACCGUUUCUGCGCUCUUCUACCCCCGAAGCUAUCCAGCGAGGUUUGUUCCCUAGGACCUGACCAGGAACGCUAUACCACCUCUGUUGUUUUUAAUGUCAACCCUAAUAAUGGAUCAGUUGCGGAGGGAGACAGUUGGGUUGGGAAGAGUAUCAUCAAAAGUUCGGGCAAGCUUAGCUUGAAAGAUAUAGAUCAGGCUCUGGAGAACGCUUCCGAAUUCAAGAAUGAGGUCGUCCCUGUCAAUACUGUCCAGAUCCUCCAGGCUGUCGCCCAAAAGUUCCGCGAGGCACGCCUUGGAGCGGGCGGCGAACCGAUUGCUCCUUUGCGACUGUUCCAGCAGCUUGACGACGAGAACAAUCCCGUUCAAGACAACAUUUUCGACUCAACGCAAGCCUUGGAGCUUGUCGAGGAGCUCAUGCACAAAGUCAACAGCUACGUGGCUCAACGCCUUGCUGAGGGUUUGCCUGAAAAGGCUCUUCUCCGCCGCCAGGCGUCCCCCAACCCCCGCCGCCUGCAAACCUUUGUCGAUCGCAUGAAUGCGUUGGGCUAUGACAUUGACGCCUCUGGGAGUGGUGCUCUUCAGAACAGUCUCUUCAAGGUUGACGACACUGAUCUUCGCAAGGGCAUGGAAACUGUGGUACUUAAAGCUAUGCACCGUGCCAAGUACUUCAUUGCGAGCAAGACUCCUAAGCAAAUAUGGCCACACUACUCUCUUAACCUCCCACUUUACACUCAUUUCACAAGCCCAACUCGCCGUUAUGCUGAUAUCAUUGUUCACCGUCAGCUCGAGGCUGUUUUAUCAGAAGGCAAGAUUGAAUUUGCUGAUGAUGUGGAAAGCCUGGCUAAGACUGUUGAGUCAUGCAACACUAAGAAGGAGUCUGCCCAGAACGCACAAGACCAGAGCAUCCACAUCGAGUCAUGCCGCACUAUGGACAAGAAGCGACAGGAGGCUAACGGAGACCUUAUUUCAGAGGGCAUUGUUUUGUGCGUGUAUGAGUCGGCCUUUGACGUGCUUAUUCCCGAAUGGGGCUUUGAGAAGCGUGUACACUGCGAUCAGCUGCCAUUGAAGAAGGCCGAGUUCAGAAAGGAGAAGCGAGUUCUCGAGCUGUACUGGGAGAAGGGCGUGCCUAGUUCUGCCUACGUUCCCGAGGAUGAGCGUCCCAAGGCCGCCGCUUCUCAAAGAAUGACCAAUGCCAUGGCCGCCGCCCGUCAGGCAGAGGAAGCCGAGAGAGUCAAGAAGGAGCGCGAGGAAGCGGCGCGCAAGCAGACGAUCACCGGCACCAUCUCGACUGACGAUGUUGAUGCUCUGUUUGACGACGACGACGAGGACAACACUUCUGAUCUUACAGAAGCCAUGGCUGGAGCGUCCCUUGCCGAGCGUCCGACACAGAGCGUGCCAGGAUCUCCCGCUCGCUCUGCCUCGAACGCCGGUAAGCUUCACCGGACCCGUUCGGACUCGAAGGUUCCUGUCACCGAUGCCGUGGAGACCCGGUUGACAAAUAAAGAGAAGUACCUGAAGUUGUUCAAGUUGAGAGAGGAGGGCGGCGACUAUAUUCAGGACGUAACGGAGAUGACUCGGGUGCCCAUCAUCUUGAAGACAGAUCUCAGCAAGAGCCCGCCGUGUCUGACGAUCCGCUCACUGAACCCAUAUGCUUUGUAA